AGUCAACAUGUACGUUGCGGCUGUCUGGCGAAGCUGCUUCUGAGCGUUUGCGGAGGCGCAGCUUCCCCUCUGCGGGGCCGCCCUGCUUCCCCCCCAUCCCCGCCUCCCCCCGCCCCUCGCUCCCGUCCCUGGGGUCGGCGGACUUCUCGCUACAUGGGGGCGGGCUUCCGCGGUCGGCGCACGGCUUCCUGUUCUGAGGCGGCCCGGCGGUAGGCGGUGGCGACUGUGCCCGCUCCCGUUUCGGCGCGGUGACCGAGCGCCCGGGAGGCUCGAGGACCGCAUCGUGUGCCGUUGCGCCAAGCCCGGUCCUGCGCCGCCAUGGCCCCAGUGCAGCUGGAGAACCACCAGCUGGUCCCGCCCGGAGGCGGCGGCGGGGGCAGCGGCGGACCCCCGUCAGCCCCAGCCCCUCCUCCCCCGGGAGCCGCCGUGGCGGCGGCCGCUGCAGCUGCGGCUAGCCCGGGCUACCGGCUGAGCACCCUCAUUGAAUUUCUGCUGCACCGGGCCUACUCGGAGCUUAUGGUGUUGACGGACCUACUGCCAAGGAAAUCUGAUGUGGAAAGGAAAAUAGAAAUAGUGCAGUUUGCUAGCCGGACACGCCAACUCUUCGUUCGAUUAUUAGCUUUAGUGAAAUGGGCUAAUAAUGCUGGCAAAGUGGAAAAAUGUGCGAUGAUUUCAAGCUUUUUAGAUCAGCAAGCCAUCCUGUUUGUGGACACUGCUGAUCGCCUGGCCUCGUUAGCUAGAGAUGCUCUGGUCCAUGCACGCCUGCCUAGUUUUGCCAUCCCAUAUGCCAUUGAUGUACUGACUACUGGCUCUUACCCACGGCUGCCAACCUGCAUUAGGGAUAAAAUUAUUCCUCCAGACCCAAUUACCAAAAUUGAAAAACAAGCCACACUCCAUCAGCUGAAUCAGAUUCUUAGACAUCGGCUUGUAACCACAGAUCUUCCUCCUCAGUUAGCAAAUCUUACAGUUGCAAAUGGCCGGGUGAAGUUUCGUGUUGAAGGAGAAUUUGAAGCCACCUUGACUGUGAUGGGAGAUGACCCUGAUGUUCCAUGGCGUCUUCUCAAGCUAGAAAUUCUAGUUGAGGAUAAGGAAACAGGAGAUGGGCGAGCUUUGGUUCAUAGCAUGCAAAUCAGCUUCAUCCAUCAGCUGGUGCAGUCUAGGCUCUUUGCUGAUGAGAAACCGCUUCAGGAUAUGUACAACUGCCUCCAUUCUUUCUGUUUAUCACUUCAGUUAGAAGUGUUACAUUCCCAAACUCUAAUGUUAAUCCGAGAACGGUGGGGAGACCUUGUACAGGUGGAAAGGUAUCAUGCUGGAAAGUGCCUCUCCCUCUCAGUUUGGAAUCAACAGGUUCUUGGGAGAAAAACUGGAACAGCAUCUGUUCACAAAGUUACAAUUAAAAUUGAUGAGAAUGAUGUCUCCAAGCCUUUACAGAUUUUUCAUGAUCCUCCUUUGCCAGCUUCUGAUUCCAAAUUAGUAGAAAGAGCCAUGAAGAUUGACCACUUAUCAAUAGAAAAACUCCUGAUUGACAGUGUCCAUGCAAGAGCUCAUCAGAAGCUCCAAGAACUGAAGGCCAUUCUUAGAGGCUUCAAUGCCAAUGAAAACUCUUCCAUAGAGACUGCACUCCCAGCUCUUGUUGUUCCCAUCUUGGAGCCCUGUGGUAAUUCAGAGUGUCUGCACAUUUUUGUAGAUUUGCAUUCUGGAAUGUUUCAAUUGAUGCUUUAUGGACUUGACCAGGCCACUCUGGAUGACAUGGAGAAGUCUGUGAAUGAUGAUAUGAAACGAAUCAUACCCUGGAUUCAGCAACUUAAGUUUUGGCUUGGACAGCAGCGUUGCAAGCAGUCUAUAAAACAUCUGCCUACGAUAAGCAGUGAAACAUUGCAGCUUUCCAAUUACUCAACUCAUCCUAUUGGAAACCUUUCUAAGAAUAAACUGUUCAUUAAACUUACCCGCCUUCCACAAUACUACAUUGUUGUGGAGAUGUUGGAGGUUCCCAAUAAACCCACACAACUGUCGUACAAGUACUACUUUAUGUCUGUGAAUGCUGCAGAUCGUGAAGACAGUCCUGCAAUGGCAUUGCUGCUGCAGCAGUUCAAGGAAAACAUCCAGGACUUGGUUUUUCGUACAAAAACCGGGAAACAGACCAGAACCAAUGCCAAGCGCAAGUUGUCUGAUGAUCCAUGUCCAGUAGAAUCCAAGAAAACAAAACGAUCAGGAGAAAUGUGUGCCUUCAAUAAAGUUUUAGCUCACUUUGUCGCUAUGUGUGAUACAAAUAUGCCAUUUGUAGGACUUCGGUUGGAGUUGUCCAAUCUGGAGAUUCCACAUCAAGGAGUGCAAGUGGAAGGUGAUGGCUUCAGCCAUGCAAUUCGCUUAUUAAAAAUUCCUCCCUGUAAGGGUAUAAGUGAGGAAACCCAAAAGGCUCUGGACCGCUCUCUUCUUGAUUGCACUUUCCGAUUACAAGGUAGAAAUAACCGCACUUGGGUAGCAGAGUUAGUGUUUGCAAAUUGUCCACUUAAUGGCACUUCUACCAGGGAGCAAGGCCCAUCCCGGCACGUUUACCUGACAUAUGAAAAUCUGUUGUCUGAACCUGUUGGUGGUAGAAAAGUGGUUGAAAUGUUUCUUAAUGACUGGAAUAGCAUUGCACGAUUAUAUGAGUGUGUGUUGGAAUUUGCACGUUCUCUACCAGACAUACCUGCUCAUCUAAAUAUUUUCUCAGAAGUUCGUGUUUAUAAUUACCGAAAACUUAUCUUGUGUUAUGGAACCACCAAGGGAAGCUCAAUUAGUAUCCAAUGGAAUUCAGUCCAUCAAAAAUUCCACAUUUCUUUGGGAACUGUUGGCCCAAACUCAGGUUGCAGUAACUGUCACAAUACCAUUCUCCAUCAGCUUCAAGAAAUGUUCAACAAAACACCAAAUGUGGUUCAGUUAUUACAGGUACUGUUUGAUACUCAGGCUCCAUUAAAUGCCAUCAACAAACUCCCCACUGUGCCCAUGUUGGGCUUGACCCAGAGAACCAACACUGCCUACCAGUGCUUCUCUAUUCUGCCACAGUCAUCCACCCACAUCAGACUGGCCUUCAGGAACAUGUAUUGCAUCGAUAUAUACUGCCGGAGUCGAGGUGUUGUGGCAAUACGGGAUGGUGCCUAUAGUCUUUUUGAUAACAGCAAAUUAGUUGAAGGUUUCUAUCCUGCACCAGGACUAAAGACGUUCCUGAAUAUGUUUGUUGACAGCAAUCAGGAUGCUCGAAGAAGGUCUGUAAAUGAGGAUGAUAAUCCCCCUUCUCCUAUAGGAGGAGAUAUGAUGGAUUCUUUAAUAUCGCAGCUCCAGCCACCACCCCAGCAACAGCCAUUUCCAAAGCAGCCAGGAACAUCAGGUGCUUAUCCUCUUACUUCACCCCCUACAUCUUAUCAUAGCACAGUCAAUCAGUCUCCCUCUAUGAUGCACACACAGUCUCCAGGAAAUCUGCACGCUGCCAGCUCCCCAAGUGGGGCUUUGAGAGCCCCAUCACCAGCGUCAUUUGUUCCAACUCCUCCCCCAUCCUCGCAUGGAAUCUCAAUAGGACCAGGGGCCAGUUUUGCUAGUCCACAUGGAACUCUUGACCCUAGUUCCCCAUACACUAUGGUGUCACCAAGUGGACGAGCCGGGAACUGGCCAGGAUCUCCUCAAGUGUCCGGCCCCUCACCAGCAGCACGCAUGCCUGGAAUGUCACCAGCCAACCCCUCACUACAUUCUCCGGUUCCAGAUGCUUCUCAUUCCCCUCGAGCUGGAACAAGUUCUCAAACAAUGCCAACAAACAUGCCUCCACCUCGUAAACUACCUCAGCGCUCUUGGGCGGCAUCCAUACCUACCAUCCUCACUCACAGUGCCUUGAACAUUUUACUGCUGCCCUCUCCAACGCCAGGCCUUGUGCCUGGUCUGGCAGGUAGUUACCUUUGUUCUCCACUUGAGAGAUUCCUUGGAUCAGUCAUCAUGAGACGACAUCUUCAAAGAAUUAUUCAACAAGAAACGCUGCAGCUGAUAAAUUCCAAUGAACCCGGAGUGAUCAUGUUUAAGACUGAUGCACUGAAAUGCAGAGUUGCCCUUAGUCCCAAAACCAACCAAACGCUUCAGCUAAAAGUGACACCUGAAAAUGCAGGACAGUGGAAACCUGAUGAACUUCAAGUUUUAGAGAAAUUCUUUGAAACAAGAGUUGCAGGACCACCAUUUAAAGCUAAUACGUUAAUAGCCUUCACCAAGCUAUUAGGAGCUCCUACACACAUCCUGAGGGAUUGUGUGCACAUUAUGAAGCUGGAGCUGUUCCCUGACCAGGCAACACAGCUGAAAUGGAAUGUUCAGUUUUGCUUGACGAUCCCUCCCAGCGCACCACCAAUUGCACCUCCUGGGACGCCUGCUGUGGUGCUGAAAUCCAAAAUGCUAUUUUUUCUUCAACUAACUCAGAAAACAUCGGUCCCUCCCCAAGAACCUGUUAGUAUUAUAGUUCCAAUCAUUUAUGACAUGGCUUCAGGUACAACCCAGCAGGCAGACAUUCCCAGACAGCAGAACUCUUCUGUUGCUGCUCCCAUGAUGGUCAGCAACAUUCUGAAGAGGUUUGCAGAGAUGAAUCCACCACGACAAGGUGAAUGCACAAUAUUUGCAGCUGUUCGUGAUUUAAUGGCUAAUCUUACACUGCCCCCUGGUGGGCGUCCAUAGACACUAUUGUUUUUAAACCAGGAAGGCUGACAGAUGAGACAACAAAAAAAAUCUGAAUUCAGCCUUCAGUUUAAAAAAGGAAAAGGACUUUUUAAAAAAACUUUAAGAGCUAAAUAUUCUAAACUGGCAAAAAUUUUCAGGGUGCACUUCUUUCAUCAAAAUGAUCAUCAAUCUUUUGUAUAAUGAACUUGUAUAGUGUGUUUAAAUGGGACACAUUUCAAAGGAAAUAAAUCAGUGUCCGUUUGCCAGUAAUAAAUUUAAUAUUGUUUUAUACUAUAAAGUUAUGAAAAUGCCAAACUUGUUUAUUUAAUUGUUUUCUUAUGUUUUGGGUGUAAUAGUCCUUUUUUGGUUUUUGUUUUGUUUUUUAAGGCAGGUCUGUCAUUUUUGAAUACUGUAAAACUGUGAUAAACUUUAUAUUGAAGCUGUAUUUUAAUAUGACCGCUUUGAAUCCUUACAUGAAAUGUUCUGGGAGUUGUUAUAAACACACCCCAAGGAAGCAAUAUUUAAUAAAACUAGGUCAAAAACAAAACAAAACAGUGACACUCACUUGUGUGUAUAUAAACUCUAGAGACAUCUUCGGCCCUCCUUCAUCUUUAACCUGGUGGAUGGAGCCAGUUAUUAAUUUAUAAUAAUACAUGUCUGAAAUUUGACCGAAAACAUCAUCUUUAUGUCAAGGUUAAUAUAUUUUCUUCAGACAUUCCUAACUUGACUAGUGGUUAACAUUUAGCACCUCAGUUGUCUUUCAAUAUAUAGGAUUUGGGUGAAAAAUAAGGAACUUAGUCUUUGAGAAGGGACAGUACGUGGUUCAUAUUGAUCAAGGAUCCCAAAUAAUGCAAUCAUUCUCAUUUGUUGAGGAUGUGGGAACUUUUCUAUCAGGAAAAUUUAGUUUACAGAAUACUUCUGCAUACAACAUUAAUUAGGAAACAAAGAACUUUAAUGCUGUACCCCUGCAUGAAGUUUCUGUGAGCUUUCUUUAUCUUGCUUAACUUAUCUUCCUUGCCUUCCCCACCAAAAUUGGGAUUGUUCUAAACAAUUUCAAUUUAAUUCAUUGUCAACAAAACGAUAGAAUGUUUUGCUUGGAAGAAACCUGGUCCAUUCCCCUCAUUUUGAAGAAUCCUGAAUCCUGGGCCUGUCCAGGGUCACAUGGAGUUUUUGGUGUUGAUACAUCUCUGCAGGGUUUCUUUUUGGAGCACUGUGCUGUCUUUCCUAGUCAGUGAGGGACUUUUUUCAGCUUCAAAGAACAUGAUCUGAUGCAAAGGUCUUCUACCGACUUCAUGGUAUUUAGGAAAAAUUUUUAAAUGACAAUACCAUGCCGAGUUAUCUGGUCACUGUAAUACUGGUUCUCCAUUAAAAUGUAGAUGCUUUGUCUAAUUCUACUUUUAAGAUGAUUUAAUUGAGCUUCUAUAACUAUCAACUACCAAAUUCUAGUUUCAAGUGUCUCACUGCACCUAUAUCAUAUCUGUUCUCAACUUUGCUUGAUUCUCCACUCAUUUUCAAUCAGAGUUGAGGCCUUCUUUGCCUUUCUUCUUUGUCUUAUUUCUGCCUUCAUCUCCCACUUCUCACCCAACUCUGCCACUGUUCAGGAGCAGUUGACUAAACUUUUAUCCUUCCUUUAACUUAACCUUUUUAUCCUUCUGUUUUUAGUUCUUACAGUGGUAAUCACAUCAGUUUGGCAAUCUAAGAUGUCUUUAUCAAGGGUCAGCCCUUUUCUAUUUGGAGCUGAAUCUUUUCUUUCAUGUAGAAAUCUACAUGUAUAUACAAGAAAUGUAUUUUUAUCUGCAGGAUAAUAUUGUUUCAAAUAAUUUUAUUAAGAGUUAACUUUUUAGGUAUUUUCCCUUUUAAUGUGGUUUUGAAAUGUUAAUUGCAUUUUUACACAUGAUGCAUUCAGUGGAAGCUCUUUUUUCCUAAUUAUAACUCAUCUCUGAAUGCAUUGUGCCAAUCAAAAGAUAGGAUUCAGUGAACAGAAUUUGCUUUUGAUGCUUAUUAAGAGUAAACCCAUGAAUUUGAAUUUUUAUAUUAUGCUUGGUACUUGGAAUUGAUAUAUACCUUAUUAAAGCUUGAAAACAUUUAGCAUUUGAAUAGUAAGUUUCAUCACAAAUCAUGUCUUUUGCCUCUUUUGUUACCCAGGUUCAAUCAAAGGGACUGGAUGCCCAAGUGAUUUUCUCUAAUAAUCGGGUUGGGACUUAACUUUAAGGUGUUUUCAAUGUGAUUUUAGUAUUUUCCAGUAAUAAAUAAAAUUUAUACAAAGUUUCAGAGAA